AUUGAAUCGAAAUGUCUGAGGAAUCAAUUUUAACUCUAAUCCGAUCAUCAAUCCGACCCAACUUAGUGCGAGUGCGGAAGUAGUAAGGUAGCGUCUUAGUAAAGAGAGAGAUCGCGAGCGAGAGAAUCGACGAGCAUACAGAAGGAAAAGCAAUGGCAGAGAGCUCGAAGGAAGAAGGGGCGGUGUGCGUUACGGGGGGAAGCGGUUUCAUCGGCUCGUGGCUCGUUCAUCUCCUCUUGCAACGUGGUUACACCGUCCACGCUACCGUCAAAGAUCUCAAGGAUGAGAAAGAAACGAAGCACCUGGAAGCCUUAGAAGGAGCAGAGUCCCGUCUCUGCCUCUUCCAGAUCGAUCUCCUUGACUACGAUUCUCUUAUGGCCGCCAUAAAUAGAACCAUCGGCGUAUUCCACCUUGCUUCCCCCUGCAUUGUGGAUAAAGUCGAAGACCCAGAGAGAGAGCUUUUGGAUCCGGCAAUCAAAGGGACGAUUAAUGUGCUGAAAGCGGCAAAGGAAUGCGGGGUGAGACGGGUGGUGGUAACAUCAUCGAUCUCGGCCAUCAUACCAAGUCGGUACUGGCCUGCCGAUGUCAUCAAAGGGGAGGACUGCUGGACGGAUGUUGACUAUUGCAAGCAGAAGGGAAUUUGGUAUCCAGCUUCUAAGACAUUGGCAGAGAAAGCUGCAUGGGAAUUUGCCAAAGAGAAUGGCUUGGACGUGGUCGUCGUCAAUCCUGGCACUGUGAUGGGCCCUAUCUUUCCUCCAACCAUCAAUGCAAGCAUGUUAAUGCUUCUUCGCCUUCUUCAAGGCUGCACUGAGAUAUAUGAGGACUACUUUAUGGGAUCUGUUCAUGUUAAAGAUGUUGCCCUAGCUCAUAUUUUGGUAUAUGAGAACCUAUCAGCAUCAGGAAGGCAUCUAUGUGUUGAGGCUAUAUCUCACUAUGGUGACUUUGCAGCUAAAGUUGCAGAACUCUACCCUGAAUACAAAGUGCCCAGGUUUCCAAAAGAUACCCAACCAGGGCUGCUAAGGGCCAAGAAUGCAUCUAAGAAACUGAUUGACAUGGGUCUCCAAUUCAUCUCAAUGGAGCAAAUUAUCAGGGAUUCCAUAGAAAGUUUAAAGAGCAAAGGAUACAUUUCCUGAAAGAAUUUGGGAGAUACAAUAUAUUUGCUGCCUGUAAACUCAUCUCCUCAAGUUAUCUGCAUCUAAUUAGAACUUCUGGGCGUGAAAUGAAUCAAGUUUACAACUUAGUAAGAUAUUCUGCUUGGAUCAGGUAUGUGAUACUUGAUAUAAAUGAUGAGUUGGUUUUCUGUGCUUUAUUCAGGAGUUUCUUCUAUAGUUGGGAGUAUUGAUACUUGACUUUCAUUGUAUUUAUCAUUAGGCAGAAAAUUUUAUUUUACUGACGAGAAUAUGUAUUUAAUAAUCGUACGUGGGAUUGCCCGUAUGAAAAUGCAACACGAUGAGAUUGCAUGAUCUGUAGUAUAAUCGAUGAUGUAUUAUAUGCUA